CCCCGCCCCUCUCGCAGCCGCUGCUGCCGCUGCUGCACUGCUGGCGGGUGCCCGCGCCUCAGAGUUACUGAUUUAUUCUCGAGAUUCCUCAACUCUCAUCUGUCCUGAUGGAUGAGCUGCAGGAUGUUCAACUCACAGAGAUCAAACCACUUCUAAAUGAUAAGACUGGUACACGAAACUUCCAGGACUUUGACUGUCAGAUGGAGACUUGUUCCAGCUAUUCACACACAGACUCACAAAGGAUAUAUUUACGAGUCCACUUGGAGGAACAUGACAUAGAAACUACUCAUGGUGUGGUCCACGUCACCAUCAGAGGCCUACCAAAGGGAAACAGACCAGUUAUUUUGACAUAUCAUGACAUUGGCCUCAAUCAUAAAUCCUGUUUCAAUGCAUUUUUUAACUUUGAGGAUAUGCAGGAGAUCACCCAGCACUUUGCUGUCUGUCAUGUGGAUGCCCCAGGCCAACAGGAAGGUGCACCCUCUUUCCCAACAGGGUACCAGUACCCCACAAUGGAUGAGUUGGCUGAAAUGCUGCCUCCUGUUCUUACCCACUUAAGUCUGAAAAGCAUCAUUGGGAUUGGAGUUGGAGCUGGAGCUUACAUCCUCAGCAGAUUUGCACUCAAUCAUCCAGAACUCGUGGAAGGCCUUGUGCUUAUUAACGUUGACCCUUGUGCUAAAGGCUGGAUUGACUGGGCAGCUUCCAAACUCUCAGGCUUGACAACCAAUGUUGUGGACAUUAUUUUGGCUCAUCACUUUGGGCAGGAAGAGUUGCAGGCCAACCUGGACCUGAUUCAAACCUACCGACUCCAUAUUGCCCAAGAUAUCAACCAAGAAAACCUACAGCUCUUCCUGGGUUCUUAUAAUGGACGCAGAGACCUGGAGAUUGAAAGACCCUUGCUGGGCCAAAAUGAUAACAAAUCGAAGACAUUAAAGUGUUCUACUCUUUUGGUGGUAGGGGACAGUUCACCUGCAGUCGAGGCUGUGGUUGAAUGCAACUCUCGCUUGAAUCCUAUAAAUACAACUUUGCUAAAGAUGGCAGACUGUGGUGGACUACCCCAAGUAGUUCAGCCUGGAAAGCUCACCGAGGCCUUCAAGUACUUUUUGCAGGGAAUGGGCUACAUACCAUCUGCCAGCAUGACCCGGCUCGCCCGAUCACGAACCCACUCAACUUCAAGUAGCAUCGGCUCUGGAGAAAGUGCCUUCAGCCGAUCUGUCACCAGCAAUCAAUCAGAUGGAACUCAAGAAUCCUCUGAGUCCCCUGAUGUUGUGGACAGACACCACACCAUGGAGGUGUCCUGUUAAGCAGAUGAUCCUCCCCUGGACCAUGCAAGUCCAUCCUCCUUCAGACGACCACUCCAUAAUAUAACAUUUCAUCCAGCAAACUGGCAUUUAUCUUUAACUCCUGCAUGGCCACUGACACUCUCUGGUAUCCUGGAUUUAUCAUUCUCUCUGCUUGCUCACCCUCCUUUUUGUAUGUACCAAGAACCACUUCCUUGCCAUUACUGUAACAUUCCAGCAUCUUUAGCUGAUCAAACUUCCAUAUCUUCUCUUGCCAGAUUUUUUCUGUGCUUUCCCAACUGCGUAUCUGACAAGAUUCUUUGAUCCUGGUGUAUGUGUGAGCACGCUUGUCUGUGUUUGUGUGUGCAUAGUUCUGUGAUUUUAGAUAUGCUUUCUUGUAGAGCUUCUGCAAAAAAAGAAAACAAACAAAAAAAACAAAGGGGACUUUUUUUUUUCUUUCUUUUCAUUUUCAAUGGUGUUUUUAAGGGAAAUCUACAGAACAGGUUUCUAGGUUGGGUAGAUCACUGCAUUCUCUUUUGGUUCCAAAUUAGUCAACAAGAUUUGCAGAGUGACUUCAGCAGCUCCGAGGAAUAUGGGAGAUCAUGAUUACUGUUGAUUGUGACCAAUAGAAGGGAACCUGUUUCAUAAGAGAGUCAGGCAAGGUGGCCAGCUAUCUUGUUCUGUCCAAAUGCAUUCACAUAUGUUAUUCUGUAAAUAAAAGGGAGGGAGAUAUUCUUUUAGAAGCCCAGGAAUGAUGAGGUUCUAAUGCAACAUGGAGUUUUCCUAAGAAGUGAGCGUGGCUUAAUUACUGGACUCUCUUAGCACAGGAAGGUGGAAAGCAAAAUAUCAGGCCUUUGCUCUGCCAGAGCAAAACUGCUGUUGCUGCAGUGUCUGAUACCACUUACCAGAUAUCCACAAGAAGUGCCUCCUUAGUCUGAUGAAGAGUGUUUCUCCAUCCCUCAAUCCUCAGAAAAAGGAGAGGUAUGGCUUGAAAAUUACAUAGAUGGUGAGGAAACAGCUGGGGGAAAAGGCAAAGACAUCAACGGAAUAUCAUAUAUAAUAGGCAUAGCCUUGCCUUCAGCUGACUUAGUGGAAGCUAAGUGAAAUUGGUACAGAACUCAUUUCUCAGAAAGAUUUUUGACAGAUAGUUCUUUUAAAAGAGAGGGAAGGGGCUGGUCUGUAAGGGCAGACUGUGCAGGCACUGUUGUGUUUAGUGGACUCCUGUGUGAGGGGCCACAGCCAGCCAGGGUAUCACUGGGAAGAGGAUAAAACCAGCCGCCACACAACAAGGCCCCAGCUCUUGAUGGCGUCAGGUGUAAGCUCAGGGUUAGACAGUUCCAAGUCUUAGGAAGGGGCUUUUUAGACAUAGUGUUCGCUUUCUGCUGAGAUAGGGAAUGCGUCACUCUGCCAAGAGUACAACUUUUUACAGAUUAUUAAAUAAAGCUGUAUAUGUCUCAUUGUUA